AUGAAGCCCGUAGUAACAUUAGUCGUUUUCUUACUGGCUGCAAGCACCAUUGAUGGCCGCAGCCUGCGGAGUGAAACAGUGGAGUGCGAGUCAGUGUACAAGACGAUGGAACACUGCCUGCCGUACGUGACGGGGAUCGCCGACCGGCCGUUUCCGGUCUGCUGCGAUGGGAUGCACCGCCUGAGGGACAUCGUCCUCACGCAUGAACAGAUGGUGACGACCUGCGAGUGCCUCAAGGCAAAGGCGUCGGGUCUUCGCCAUUUGAAAGAAAGCAAUCUAAGGAGUCUUCCCAUGGACUGUGGCUUUCAACUUCACCAGCCAAUCUCUCUCGACAUGGACUGCAACAAGUAA